CAAGGGCAAAAGCCCUUGAAAAGAAGGAUGACAAACUCAGGAAAGGAGAAUAUAGAAACGCAUAAAAAUAAUUUACAAGAAGCUCUAACAGACUUGACAAAUGCUCCUAUGAAUUGGGAAGAGGCCGUAGAGACUACAUAUGGUAAGGAGGAGGCGUUACCUCAAAAAGUUAUAACUAAAGACUCGGCUUUACUCACAAGUGAUGGAUCGAAAAAUUCUACGGGAGAUUGGACAGAAAGUUCCAGAACAAAUCUGGAUGCAUCGAUGAUCGAUAGUGAAUCAGGUGAUUCCAAAGAUGAGAAGACCAUGCAUAUGAAUGAUAUCACUCCUAAUGAAACUGUGUAUAUACAUGAUAGCACUUGUAAUGAGAUUAAUAUAGUAAAAGAGAAACAGAAUAAGAUUGAGGAGAUAACUACUAAAAAAAAGACAGAGUUAGCACUAAUAGAAAAUAUAGAAGUCAUUGCGAAAAUAGCAAAAGAAAGUUCACCCCAAGAAAGAGAUCAAAUUAUGCAAGAAGUAAUUACUUAA